GCCGCGGGGACGCCAGUCGAGCUAAAGGACGCUCGCUUAGCGCUUCUGCGAUCCCGGUGCACCUGGCUGCACCCUCUCUGCGGACACCGGCGACCUUCGGCGUAGUUGGAAACGCCACGCGUGGUCCCUGGUACACUCAGUCCUCAGAACGUGGGCACGCCUCGGCGACCCUUUCCUUGAACUGUCCCUAUUCCCGCGCCUCGACCCCGAUCCGGUGGAAGAAAAGGUGGGACGACCACACGAACUCGACUUACCGGAGCGAACUGCGCCGGGCCAGGAGGAACUGAAGAUGCCCCGCGCGUUCCUGGUGAAGAAGCCAUGCGUCUCCACGUGCAAGAGGAACUGGAGCGAGCUCCCGGACGAGGAGCGCGGCGAAAUCUACGUGCCAGUCAGCCUCGGCUUCUGCCCACCACAGCCUUACCGGGAACCAGAGGCAUCCGUGGCCGAACCUCCUCCCUGCCCCCUGGCUUUGGACAUGAGCCUUCGAGACUCCAGCUAUAGUGUGGCUCCAGGGCCCUGCGUGGUGGCCCGGCUACCCUCUGAAGAUGUGAGCCACCUGACAGAUCCCCAGAGAAGAGACCAGGGCUUUCUACGAACCAAGAUGAAGGUGACCUUGGGGGACAGUCCAAAUGGAGACCUUUUUACCUGUCACAUCUGCCAGAAGUCCUUCACUCACCAGCGCAUGCUGAAUCGACACAUGAAGUGUCACAAUGACGUCAAGAGGCACCUCUGCACUUACUGUGGGAAGGGUUUCAAUGACACCUUUGACCUCAAGAGACACGUCCGAACCCACACUGGUGUGCGGCCCUACAAGUGCAGUCUGUGUGACAAGGCCUUUACCCAGCGCUGCUCUCUGGAGUCUCACCUCAAGAAGAUCCACGGUGUGCAGCAGAAGUACGCGUACAAGGAGCGCCGGGCCAAGCUCUACGUGUGUGAGGAGUGUGGCUGCACAUCUGAGAGUCAGGAGGGUCACGUCCUGCACCUCAAGGAACACCACCCCGACAGCCCACUGCUGCGCAAGACCUCCAAGAAAGUGGCUGUGGCUCUGCAGAACACUGUCACGUCCCUGCUGCAGGGCAGCCCCCAUCUCUGAACAGCACAGGCCCUGGGAAGGACCAGGUUCACCUCCCUGCUGCCCAGCCAUUCACCUUCCUGCAACCUCUUGCUAGAACACCAGUGACCAGGACCAGAGCUCUAAUGCCUCACUCCAGGCACACUUGCACAAUUGGGCACUGACUUCCGCUCCCUCUGGGGAGUCUGUCUUACAGGCAGAGUGCACUCUGAGCUUGGGACCGUGGGCGUCUGUGUCUCAGCAGGAGUGAAGCCAAGUGAGCAAAAAGAGCUGCUUAUAGAGACAGGCCCUGUUUCCUUGCAGCAGAACUUUGCAGAUGUGCUGCGAGGGGAUCCUGGGUACAAGAUGGGCAAUGGAUCCUCCUGGAGAGCAGAAUGAAGACACCAGCAAAGAGCAUCCUGGCAAACAACUGCAGCGGUGGUGCUGGCAGCAGCCCUCGUGCCCGCGGGGCUAACUCUCAGGGUUCCAAGGGCUCUCUGCCCGUUCAUCAGAGACCCACAUGUGAACAGCCGUGUGCAUGUUUGUGUGUGUGUCACACUGCUCUGUGUGUGAUUUCUUCACGUGUGCAUAUGCGCUCUUGGUCUUUCCACAUAUUGCCUCGUUUGUAAGAAACCAACCAUAAGGUGCCAAGGAGGCUUUAUUCCUUUUUUUUUUUAAGAUGACAAAUGUACAGAUAUUAAUAUAUUUUUGGUGCCCAUAGUAAGACUGUUUAGUAAGACAAAGGGGGAGGAGCUGGCUUUUUCUCCACCCCCAUUGGUUCUAUUUAUCCUGGACAUUUCAAACCUCCUCUGUGCCUUGGUCCUGGGGUUAUGCACACCCACCCUGUUCUCUGAGAUGUUUCAUUAAAGGCCUUCCUCCUGCUUUGCCCAGA